AUGUUUCUGGAAGACGAGCGCUACCUCCACGAGGACUUGGAGCGGCUCGAGCAGGCUAUUGCCGACCGCAUCGGAGAUGACCCCAAGCACAUACGCGACAGGUUGAAUAAAGACCACGAGAUUGCGCAACUCCUCCAACAGAUCAAGGAACAGUCCGCGUCAUUACUAAAACUCUACCGGGACGAAGAUUCCGGCUUAACAAACGAGAUCCAGCGGAUAGGGACCGGUGAUCCUUUCGACGAGUUCUACCGAGAGGUCACAGCCAUCCGUGAUCAUCACGCUCGCUAUCCCAACGAGCAGGCAGAGAACACCGAAGUGCGCUACCGCGCGAAGCGGACGGCGGACGGCGAACUCAUACCUUAUGUCAUAGACGCCCUGUUCUCCGGAGAGGAAGCCUUUGGCCGGUUUCUGGAUCUCCAUGCGUGCCACGACUCAUAUCUCAACCUGCCCAACGUCAAGCGCCUCAACUACAUACAGUAUCUGGAGCUGUUUGACAACUUUGCCGUCGGCGCUGGAGGGAUAAAGCGAGACGACAAGUUGACGGAUCAGUAUUUUAAAUAUCUAGGGGAGCUUGCGGACUACCUCGAGUCAUUUAUGCGCCGAACCCGACCGCUGGAAAACGUCGACAAAGUUGUCGCGGAUUUCGAUAACGAGUUCGAAGCUGCCUGGGAGAAGGAUGAGGUAGAAGGGCGGCUCAAAGAAAAGGCAGUCGCGGAGCGAGAAUUCCGAAUCAAGCGCUUAGCCUCCGCUAUGUCCACGGAGCGCGGCGAUACCAGAAUUAACGUCGAAAGGAAACAAGGCAUGACGGAACGCGAGCGACAGCAGGAGCUCGAUAACCUCAUGAGCAUGGCGGACCGGACCCAGCAGGCGGCGGCGCCAGAGGAGGCGGAAGGGGACGAUGAGGGCGAAGAGAGGAUCUACAACCCCUCAAGCUUCCUCUAG